AGAAUUUGCCACUUAAAAAAGAGGAAAUCAUUUAUUUAUUUAUUCAAAUCUAGAUUUUUGUUUUCUAACAAAACUUCAAUCUUAGGUAAAUGAUCAUUUACCAAAUAUAAUCUCUUUUACCGAAUCCACUAUAAUCUCUUUCUUUUUUUUUUCCUUUUGAAAAUGAGUUUUUCUUGAAUUUUGUUAAAUAAAUGAGUUUCUCUCCACUAUAAUCCUCUCAUGCCAAGGUGCUUUUCCAAAUCUUGGGUUUUCUUUUUUAAUUUUAUAUUCUAAUUUUGAUUUAUUAAUUCGCGGCUUACAUCUGCUAUUUACUUGAUUAAACAAUGGCAUCGAUAGUUGAUUUCUUCGAGUUAAGGUGAUUUUCGGGCAGCAUUUUAGGUGAUUCAGAAUAAUAUACCAAUGGCGGACCUAAAAGAACGUCUGCUCCCACUGAAACCUCAAUCGGCUAUAAAUCUUAGAGGCACUACAUCUCAGGCAUCUGCCUCUGGACGCCAACCUUUCCAAGGCUUGGAUUUAUCUGGUUUAAAGAAGCGGGGCCAAGGACUCCGAUCUUGGAUCCGUGUUGAUACAUCUGGGAAUUCCCAAGUCAUCGAGGUUGACAAGUUCACCAUGAUGCGUCGUUGUGAUCUACCAGCCCGGGAUUUACGGCUUCUUGAUCCUUUGUUUGUGUACCCCUCCACAAUCCUUGGCAGAGAGAAGGCGAUUGUUGUAAAUUUAGAGCAGAUACGAUGUAUCAUCACUGCUGAUGAAGUUUUGCUCUUGAAUUCCCUUGAUAGCUAUGUUUUGCAGUAUGUUGUAGAGCUACAAAGACGACUAACAAGUGGAGUAGGUGAGGUUUGGCAACCAGAGGGUCCUGAGUUGAACCGAAGAAGCUGUAGGAAUUUUGACAAUGUGUAUGGGAGUCCAUCCCCCGAUUAUUUACCCUUCGAGUUUAGGGCUCUUGAGGUUGCUUUGGAAUCUGCAUGUACAUUUCUUGAUUCUCAGGCGGCAGAAUUGGAAGUUGAAGCAUAUCCAUUACUCGAUGAGCUUACAUCAAAGAUUAGUACGUUAAACUUGGAGAGAGUUCGUAGACUAAAGAGCAGACUUGUUGCUUUGACUCGAAGAGUUCAGAAGGUUAGAGAUGAGAUAGAGCAGCUAAUGGAUGACGAUGGAGAUAUGGCGGAAAUGUAUCUUAGUGAGAAGAAGAGCAGGAUGGAGUGUGAUCAAUCUAUGAUGGGAUUCAGAUCAAACGACGGACUUUCUGUUUCUGCACCAGUGUCUCCUGUUUCUUCGCCUCCUGAAUCCCGCAGGCUGGAGAAAAGCUUGAGCAUGGCAAGGAGCCGCCAUGAGAGCACAAAGAGUUCAGAGAGUGCUACUGAGAGUAUAGAGGAGCUGGAGAUGUUACUAGAAGCAUAUUUUGUUCUCAUUGAUAGCACCCUAAAUAAAUUGACAUCGUUGAAGGAAUACAUUGAUGACACGGAAGAUUUCAUCAACAUUCAGCUGGAUAAUGUUCGAAACCAGCUGAUCCAAUUCGAACUGCUACUCACGACUGCGACAUUUGUGGUUGCCAUUUUCGGGGUGGUAACAGGAAUAUUUGGCAUGAACUUUGCCAUACCAUUCUUUGAUGACCCUGGUGCAUUUAAGUGGGUCCUUAUAAUUACUGGGGUUUGUGGGAUAAUCAUAUUUUGUGCAUUUGUGUGGUUCUUCAAGUACAGAAGACUCAUGCCCCUAUAAGGAAAAUAAACCAAAUGAGAGUGAAUAUACCAGCAAAUGUUGGAUCAUAUUUUUCUAAGUUCUUUUCCUAUCCAAUUCCCUGCAUUGUAAUUGAAGAAACAGCUUAAAUGGACUUCGAUUCUUUAUUUAUAAAUACAGACCCAUCUUGAUGAAA